AUGUCUAAUCAGUGUGAUCUGUGUCUGCUGGGACUGAUCAUUCUCUCUUCACUUCUCACAGGCACCAGUGGAGCGGAUGAUGAUCAUGUGUUCAUCAGUUCUGGUGUAGAUGUCCGUCUGUCCUGUAAUAAUGCUCUUUCUGACUGCAAAUCAACUACAUGGAUCUACUUUAACAGCUUCAGUCAUUCAGGAGUAGUUGGACUGAUUGAAUUAGGGGUAAAGAAGAAAGACACAGAGAGACUGAGUCUGGAGUCUGACUGCUCUCUGAACAUCAAGAACGUCACAGAAGAAGAUUAUGGAUCUUACACCUGCAGACAAUUUGUGAACGGACAACAACAAGGAUCUGAUGCACCUGUUUAUCUGAAUGUUCUUCAUGUUUCAGUGUCUCCAUCAUCAUCAUCAUCUUCAUCCUCACAGACUGAGAUCAGUCCAGGCCGCUCUGUGACUCUCUCCUGUCAGUUGUAUUCAUAUGAUGGAAACUCCUGUGAUUAUUUGGUUCGUUCUGAUGGAGUUGAGCUGUUGUGGGUGAAUCAGGCUGGUGUUGAUCUGAAGACAGACUCCAGAUAUCAGAUAUCAUCAUCAUCAUCAUCAUCAUCAUCAGAUCAAUAUCGCUGUAUCAUCAUCACUCUGACUACAACACUCCUGAAUGAAGAUAACAACAGACAGUGGAGAUGUCAGCUUAUUCACAGAAAUCAACUCCAGACCUCAGUCACAUACACUGUCAAGUAUUCAGCUCCAGUUGAUCCAACGCCAGCAGUGAGUCCUUCUACACAAGUCAUAGGGAUUUCUGUCGCUGCAGUCGCUGUUCUCCUUCUUGCUCUUCUCUGGCUGAUCUGCAGAAAAACAGCUGGUAAUAAAAGAGGGACUGGCGACUCUGCGGUCAAAGAUGAGGAUGAACACAAAGAGACGUAUGAGACGAUCAACAUGUCCAUUCCUCCUGCUGCAAGAGCCGAUGAGCAGACAGAUGAUGUGACUUAUUCUGAGGUCACUUCUUCCAACACAAAGCCAGUAAAAGCUCUCGAUGAUCAUGAUACAGUGACUUACGCUGCCAUCAGAGGAAGAGAAGAUAAACCGCAGCAUGAACUUUACAAGAACUAGACCAUAAAUAAACAUUAAUGACACGGACCAUGAGCUCAUCAUACCAGAAGCAGAGGGGAAG